UAUUUUUUGCAGAGAUGAGGUCUCACUACAUUGCCAAGACUGAUUUCAAACUGGGCUUAAGCAAGCCUCCUUCCUCAGCCUCGCAAAGUGCUGUAAUUAGCUUGAGCUACCAUGCCCAGCAUGGUUGACUUUUUGAGGAGUUAAAAGUUAUAUACGACUUUUGACUGCACAGGGGGUCAGUGCCCCUAACUGCCACAUUGUUUAAGUCAACUGUAUAUGACAAUAUAUGCUAAACAGUGUUCUAAGCACUGAAACUUAUGUAAUCUUCUAGUAACCCCCAUGAAGGAGUUAUAUAACUCUCCCUACUUUAAAGAGGGGAAAGUGGGUCACAGAAAUGUUAUGUAACCCAGCCAAUGUUACAGCUGUAAAUUGUUGAGCUGGGAUUUGAACCCAGGCAAGAUGACUAGUGAUGCCAUGUCCUUUACCACAAUGCAUACUGUUUCUGUAUCUAAAUGUCUUCAUUAAAUUUUCUUAGAUUAUUAAGUAGAUUACUUUUUAAACCAUUUCAAUUUGCAUUCUACCAAGCAUAGACUGAAAAAAAUAAAAUACAGCUCUUGAAAUUUAGAGACAAGGAUAUGAAGGAAAUAUGUGCACUUUGAAGAAGCGAGUGAAUUAAUGCGUGGACUCUAGGGACAUGGAGUAAGAAAACAGACUAGUUAGUUUUUACAGAAAAGCUGGGGAUUGGGGAGUGGGCAAGAUUGCCGGCUGGAAGUAGUUGGUGUGCACAGCUUUCACGGAGAGGAACUGAAGUGGUAAGUAAAUACAGCACUCUCAACUGAAACAUCUGGGGUACACGCAAUGGAACUCAUCAUGGAAACCACUCAACCCAUGGACAAUGGAGAAAAGCCAGGCAGGCAGAUGGCCAACCUGGGAAUGACACAGAGCCAGGGGAACCUCUCCUUGCCCAGGGAAGUGGUGAGUGAAUGUCCAACCCCAGGAUCCCAUGUUUCUCCCAUGGAUCUUUGCAACCCUCAGGUCAGGAGAUCCCCUUGUGAACCAACUCCACCAGGGCCUUCAGUCUGACGGAGCUACCUGGAGCCUCAGGAGAGCAGUCACUCAGGCACGUGCAGAGACCUGGGAGCCUUAGCCAGGCUUUCCAGGCUUCCUAGCAAAAGUAGUUGCAACUCCAGCAAAGAGGGAGGUUAUACACUACCUUACACGUCCCUAGUAAAGGGGCUGAAUCCGGGGGGCUGAGCAGCGACAUUCUGCAGGACCCACUUCCAUGACACCUCACAGGAUAGGACUUACUGGCUUGGAAUUCUAGCCAGCCAUCAAUAACAGCAUUACACCACCCUAAGACAACUCCUAGAGGGAAAUGUGGGCCUCCAUCUUUGCUGUUUGGGUGACUUAGCCAUCCAGCCUUCAGGCUUUGGAGAGUCCAUGUUGACCAGGGGCGGAAGUGGCCCCCCAGUACAGCAUAGCUGCUCUGCAAAAAAAGUGACCAGACUGCUUUUGUAAGUGGUUACCCAAUCCCAUUCCUCCUAACUUGGCAGGGUAUCCAAUCAGGGUCGCUAGCCACUUCCUUCAGGUGUGUUCCGGCAGGCAAUAGGUAUGUACCUGCCAGACACAGAGCUCACAGAGGGAGGGGCAGGCCACCAUCUUUGCUGUUUUGCAGGCUUCACCAUUGGUACCUACAGGUAUUGGAAAAUCCAAGGUGAAUAGGGACUGGAGAUGGCCACCACCAUGCCACGGCAGCCCCAGGAAAAAGUGGCCAGGCUAUUACAUGGGUGCCCAUCUCCUUGUCUCUUCACUAGGAGGGUCCUCCAGGUUUCAGUCUGCAACCGCCCCUCUCAAGAGCUGUCAAGCCAGUAGCAACUCUGGAAUGUCCUGGACAGAGCCUCCAGGGGCAAUGAAAACCUCUCUGCCACUGCCUCUGCCCUGGAACCACCCUUGCUGCCCUCAGAUUAACGAAGGAGCAGAGACCCUAAGUCUCUUAUCCACACCUCCAGAAUUUUUGAAGAGGUUCGCAGGAACAGAUAUGCACUGGAUUGGACUAAGCAGGAAACCAGAAGAUUCUUGGAAAUGGACAAAUGGCACCACAUUCAAUAAUUGGUUUGAAAUUACAGGGAAUGGAUUCUAUGCUUUCCUGAAUGUUGAUGGAGUCUAUAGUUCCAGAGGACUUAUUGAUAUCAAGUGGAUUUGCAGCAAACAAAUCACCAUAACCCUCCUUCCUUUCAACCAUCUGAUAUGCAGCAGUAGCACUGAGGAAGAGGAUGUGCUUUCCAGUCCCAACCUUCUUCACCAGCGCUGUUGGCUUAGUGUGAAACAUGAGUGAAUGCAGGAAGAGGGAAGUCAAAACUACAUUUAUCCCUAAGAGUAGCACGUAACAAACAAAAAGAGCAUUACCUGAUAGACUGCUGAUAUUUACAUUCUGAGAGAAAUCCAUUUUUUCACCUGUACUCAGUGCAAAGAAAAGAUAGGAGAAACAUUUAAAAAUUAAAAGCACUCUAGAUACAUGAGAAUAAAGUACCAGCACAAAAUGGAGGCACGCUAAUAAAAACUGUGAGUUUCUCUUCUCCUAUGGGUCCACUCCUCUUCUUUCCCAGAUUUAACUACUUCUCACCAUAU